AUGGUACAGCUUGCGCCCAGCACAACCGACGUGUCGAAAUCUGGGGAAAGAGCAGUUGCAGAGAAUCCCACCGGUGUUCAUUCACCCACUAUUUUUGAGACGUUGAUCAAAGACAGAAACAUUCACGAACUGGGCUUGGAGUUCUCUCUUCGCGAGAUACAAUGCAACUUGGGUGAUAAGUUGCAUCCAAUCUUGCAAGGUAUUUCAGGAAGAAUUAUGAAAGGCCGUCUUUUUGGAAUCUUGGGGCCUUCUGGAGCAGGAAAGUCUACAUUGAUCAACAUUCUGGCGGGAAGAUCAAAGCCCACCUACGGGUCCAUAUCUAUCAAUGAGGUUUCAGGUGAUCCGACGAACGUUAUUGGUCUCGUACCGCAAGAUGACAUUGCUUUGGAAGAUCUCACUGUCAAGGAAAAUGUUCUCCAUGCCGCGCGUAUUCGGCUCGGUGGGCUAUGGGAUGACGCCAAGAUAGGAUUGCAUGUUGACCAAAUCCUCGAUUAUCUUGGACUAACACACGUGAUGGAUCAGCGUGUGGGAAGCAUUGAGAAAAGAGGUAUUUCCGGGGGUGAGCGCAAGCGAGUUUCCAUUGCCCUUGGAAUUGUUGCUAUGCCGAUGGCAGUUAUUCUGGACGAGCCAACUUCGGGUCUGGAUGCAACAACCGCCCUAUCGAUAAUGAACCUGCUGAAAUCGCUAUCAACCUUGGGUAUCACCGUCAUAUGCGCUAUUCAUCAGCCUCGGAGAGACAUCUACCAGCUGCUAGAUGACAUUAUUGUUUUGAAUCUUGGCAAACAAAUUUACCUUGGGGAGACAUCUACUGCGCAUAAACACUUUGAAACACUUGGCAGUCUUCGCAUCAUUAUCAAGGAAGUCCGACUGAUUGUUUACCAAUGCCCUCGGGAGACAGAAUAA